UUUCUUGUAUACUUAUCAGAAAUUGGACGUGAUAAGUAUGAGCCUGCAUCUACCAAUGAGCAUGGAGCCAAAACGAAAAAGGGCAAGAAAGAGAAGGAUAUGGAAGAACUGAAAAAGGAGGUUUCUCUGGAUGAUCACAAACUCAGCCUUGAUGAACUUCAUCGGAAAUACGGAACAGACCUCAGCCGGGGUCUAACGACUCAGCGGGCUGCAGAAAUCUUGGCUCGUGAUGGCCCCAAUGCUCUCACUCCCCCUCCCACAACUCCAGAAUGGGUCAAAUUCUGUCGACAGCUUUUUGGGGGCUUCUCCCUCCUGCUUUGGAUUGGAGCUAUUCUUUGCUUUCUGGCGUAUGGUAUUCAAGCAGUAACUGAAGAGGAACCAAACAAUGACAAUUUGUACCUGGGCGUUGUGCUGUCUGCUGUUGUCAUCAUAACUGGUUGCUUCUCCUACUACCAAGAAGCGAAGAGUUCGAAGAUCAUGGAAUCCUUCAAAAACAUGGUGCCUCAGCAAGCUCUGGUGAUCCGAAAUGGGGAGAAGUUGAGCAUCAAUGCCGAAGGGGUGGUUGUUGGAGACUUGGUGGAAGUGAAGGGAGGAGACAGAAUCCCAGCUGAUCUAAGGAUCAUUUCAGCCCAUGGAUGUAAGGUUGACAACUCUUCUCUUACGGGUGAAUCCGAGCCCCAGACGAGAUCACCAGACUUCACAAACGAGAACCCUCUUGAGACAAGGAACAUUGCUUUUUUCUCUACCAAUUGUGUUGAAGGUACAGCCCGUGGUGUCGUCAUUAACACUGGGGAUCGUACAGUCAUGGGCCGCAUUGCGACCCUGGCCUCCGGACUGGAAGGGGGACGGACACCCAUUGCUGUGGAAAUUGGGCACUUUAUCCAUAUAAUCACGGGUGUAGCUGUGUUCCUUGGUGUUUCCUUCUUCAUCCUUUCACUGAUCCUUCAAUACACAUGGCUGGAAGCUGUUAUCUUUCUUAUCGGCAUCAUUGUCGCCAAUGUCCCCGAGGGACUUCUGGCUACAGUCACAGUAUGUCUGACACUAACAGCCAAGCGCAUGGCUCGUAAGAAUUGUCUUGUAAAGAACUUGGAAGCUGUGGAAACUCUUGGUUCUACCUCCACCAUCUGCUCUGACAAAACCGGCACCCUGACUCAAAACCGCAUGACGGUUGCUCACAUGUGGUUCGAUAACCAGAUCCAUGAAGCUGACACUACAGAAAACCAGAGCGGUGCUUCCUUUGACAAGACCUCUCCUACAUGGACUGCUCUGGCCAGGAUUGCCGGACUCUGCAACCGUGCGGUGUUUCAAGCCAACCAAGAAAAUGUUCCCAUUUUGAAGAGGACGGUAGCAGGGGAUGCCUCUGAAUCUGCACUACUGAAAUCUAUUGAACUCUGUUGCGGGUCUGUCAAGGAACAGAGAGAGAAGAACCCCAAGGUGGUGGAGAUACCUUUCAACUCUACCAACAAAUAUCAACUGUCCAUCCACAAGAAUGCAAACCCAUCAGAAUCACGGUACCUGCUUGUGAUGAAAGGAGCCCCCGAGAGAAUCCUGGACCGUUGCAGCAAGAUCCUGAUCCAAGGGAAAGAGCAGCCCUUGGAUGAAGAGGCUAAAGAUGCAUUUCAGAAUGCCUACCUGGAAUUAGGAGGCCUGGGAGAGAGAGUCCUGGGCUUUUGCCACCUGGCCUUGCCAGAUGAGCAGUUCCCUGACGACUUCCAGUUUGACACUGACGAAAUUAACUUUCCCGUGGAGAACCUGUGUUUCGUUGGGUUGAUUUCCAUGAUUGACCCUCCUCGUGCUGCUGUGCCUGAUGCUGUUGGCAAAUGCAGGAGUGCUGGAAUAAAGGUCAUUAUGGUGACAGGAGAUCACCCGAUCACAGCUAAAGCUAUUGCAAAGGGAGUUGGUAUCAUCUCUGAGGGCAAUGAAACUGUGGAGGAUAUUGCUCUUCGCCUUAACAUCCCUGUCAGCCAAGUGAAUCCCAGGGACGCCAAAGCCUGUGUGAUUCAUGGCUCUGACUUGAAGGACAUGACCAGUGAGCAGCUAGAUGACAUUCUGAGGUUCCAUACAGAAAUCGUCUUUGCCAGAACUUCUCCUCAGCAGAAGCUUAUCAUUGUGGAAGGCUGCCAGCGGCAGGGGGCUAUCGUAGCUGUCACGGGUGAUGGUGUGAACGAUUCCCCCGCUUUGAAAAAGGCCGACAUUGGGGUUGCUAUGGGCAUUGCCGGAUCCGAUGUCUCCAAGCAGGCAGCUGACAUGAUUCUGCUGGACGAUAACUUUGCUUCUAUUGUCACGGGGGUUGAAGAAGGCCGCCUAAUUUUUGAUAACCUGAAGAAAUCAAUUGCUUACACCUUGACCAGUAACAUCCCUGAGAUCACGCCUUUCCUCAUCUUCAUCAUUGCCAACGUCCCCCUUCCGCUGGGGACCGUUACCAUCUUAUGCAUUGACUUGGGUACUGAUAUGGUUCCUGCAAUCUCACUGGCGUACGAACAAGCAGAAAGCGACAUCAUGAAAAGACAGCCCAGAAAUCCCAAGACAGACAAGUUGGUAAACGAAAGGCUGAUCAGCAUGGCUUACGGUCAAAUUGGAAUGAUCCAAGCCUUGGGAGGUUUCUUCACCUAUUUUGUAAUCCUUGCGGAGAAUGGCUUCCUGCCGUCAUCUUUGUUGGGGAUUCGAGUGUCCUGGGAUGACCGGUGGAUUAACGAUGUGGAGGACAGCUAUGGGCAGCAGUGGACGUACGAACAAAGAAAAAUUGUGGAAUUCACUUGUCAUACAGCCUUCUUUGUCAGCAUUGUGGUGGUGCAGUGGGCAGACUUGGUUAUCUGUAAGACUAGGAGGAAUUCUGUCUUCCAGCAAGGAAUGAAGAACAAGAUUUUAAUAUUUGGGCUCUUUGAAGAGACUGCUCUGGCUGCCUUCCUCUCUUACUGCCCUGGAAUGGAUGUUGCUUUAAGAAUGUAUCCUCUCAAACCAACGUGGUGGUUCUGUGCCUUCCCCUACUCUCUCCUCAUCUUUGUGUAUGAUGAAGUAAGGAAACUUAUCCUUAGACGCAGCCCUGGAGGCUGGGUGGAGAAGGAGACCUACUACUAAAAUCCUGCUGGACCAGCUUUGGGUGCCCUCUUGAACCUCUUCCGCUGCCUGAGCUUUUGGAACGCCAGAUGGGAACCCGAGGAUAAGGCGAGAAACGCAGUGGAGAGGGAGAGCCAUGUGGUCUCAGACAUAGUCCAGGAUGUCGGGAUGGAAGGAAGAGGGGUAGUUUUUAAUGUGCCUUUCUGUUUGUUUCGUUUUUUUAAAAAAAGAAAAAGUAACAAGAUUUUAUAUCUGGACUUUUACAAAUAAAGGUGGAUCGUAAGAGUAUUA